CUGGCCUUCGAUAUCGCAAACUUCGCCAAAGAAUCUCUCACUAGUCGUCUCCAGACAUUGGAUCCGAAUGUGUUUGAAGAUAAGGUCAACAAUGCUGUGUCCGCCGAUAGUAAGCCCUGGUUUGUCGACUUCUUUUCACCGUGGUGUCCGCCGUGUAUGAGACUAAUGCCUGAAAUCCGAAAGGCGUCCCGAAAUGCCAACCAUUUGGUUAACUUCGGAACCAUUGAUUGCACGGUUCACUCCUCUAUGUGUAAAAAAUAUAACAUCCGAUCGUAUCCAACGGUACUUCUGUACAACUCGUCGGUCGCCCAUCAGUUUCAUGGCCAGCAUUCAGAGCACGAUUUGAUUGAUUUUAUUCAAGACACUUUGUUCCCGACUGUCACUCAUUUGACUCCCGAGACGUUUAAGGAGAACGUGGAGCGGAAGAAGAGCACCACUCUAUGGUUAGUGGACUUUUUCGCGCCGUGGUGUGGGCCCUGUCAACGACUGGCCCCUCAAUGGACCAAAUUGGCCAAAAUGCUUAAAGACGAGCCCAACGUUAUGGUCGGUUCUAUUGACUGUCAGGCGUACUCACAAUUGUGCGGCGAUUUGGAGGUCAGAUCCUAUCCUACUAUUCGUUUAUAUCCACACAAAGACAGCAAAUACUACUCUAAGGAUCAAAAGUUUCAAGUAUUUAAUGGUCACAAUCGGGACGCGGAAUCUCUGCGCGUUUGGGUCUAUAAUUUCAUUCCCAGUUCUGUCAAAGAGAUUGAAACCGAAGAUGCGUUUAGAAAAGCGAUAAAAUCCAAGCAUAUAUGGCUCAUAGACUUCUACACCCCCUGGUGUUCGCACUGCACUUAUUUCGCUCCCGAGUUUGAACUCAUAUCUAAGAAAUUGAAGGGCAAAGUAAAGGCCGGAAAAGUAAACUGUCAGACAUUGGGACAGUUGUGCAGAGAGGCCGGCGUUACCGCUUACCCGACCGUUAGA